AUGUCUUCAUAUACUACGACAACGAGCACCGAGUGCUCUCCCAAUAUCAGUAUUGAAUUAACCCAGCUACGGUUAGCUAUGGAUCCCUCGGUCACUAUUCUUCGUAACUUCAACUCUAUCCAAAAAUCGCGACGCUUAUCAUCAGGACACCAGCAACCAGUGGAGAAUUCGAAAGUCAUAAGCCCGUCACCUCGAGUGAUAGUGCCUACGGGGCCAUUAAAAAUACCAGACGGAUCUUUGGAACUUACGAAAUGGAUUGCUAUGACGAUAAUGACUGCCGAUCAUAUCAACAAAUACCUUUUUGCCGAGGCAUUACCUUUAGUAUUUGAGGUCGGCCGGAUAGUUAUGCCGUUAUUCGUUUUAGUCUUCGCAUAUAACCUUGCUCGCCCGAGUUCCAAUCAAGACGGUAGCGCCUAUCUACGCACAGCACGUAGGCUAGCGUUUUUCGGAAUUAUAUCAUCGGUACCAUCGAUAAAACUAGGCGGGCUAGUCGACGAUUGGUAUCCUCUUAAUAUCUUAUUUACACUUUUGGUCAUUACGACUGUUACUGGACUUAUUGAGCAGUCGCGUGCUAGUAAAGUCCGCAUUCCUGCACUUCUGAGUGCCAUUGUUGUGUUUGUACUGGGGGGUGGACUUGUUGAAUUUUGGUGGCCGGCUGUAGGGCUCGGGGUUGGGGCGUGGGUAUAUUUCAGAUCCGGGAAUUUACUUGGGCUUUUUACGGCUGCAUUGUCGUGCGCAAGUCUGUCGUGGAUUAACGGCAAUCACUGGGCACUAGCUGCCUUUCCAACAUUGUUCAUUUUGUCGAAGUUUAACUUGGAGAUACCCCGUUCGCGUUGGUUUUUCUAUGUAUAUUAUCCGGUUCAUCUUUUGAUAUUACUAUUGGUUCGAAUCCCGAUGGAAAGGGCGGGAUAUGUGUUCUGGUAUACGUAA